CACAAGUAGAGAAAACCUCGUCAGAUCCCUGCUUUGUACCAACUGCUAUAUCAGGGACAAUGCUGUCCAUGGCACACAGAGCAGACCCGCGGGGGAUGGAGUGGAGGCUCGGGAAUACUACCCAGUGGGAGACCCUUCACAUGUAUCCUGUGGUGUUUUUACAAGUAUUCUCAUAAUUUUUGAGAGUUUCUUACUUUCUGAAGAAAAAAAGAUAUUAGUUUCAUCUUGCACUUUUGUCACCACUAUCCUGAGACUUAUAGGUAGAAAGAACUUGCCUUGAGUCUCAGAUGGGACUUAGGACUUUUGAUUGAGUUGAUGCUGGAACAAGUGAAGACUUUCGGGGAACUAUUGGUAAGGAAUAAUUGGAUUAUGCAAUGUAAGAAGAUAAUGAGAUUUAGAGAGCUAGGGGUGGUAUGAUACGGUUUGGAUAUUUGGCUCCUCCUAAUCUCAUGUUGAAAUGCGAUCCCCCAUGUUGGAGAUGGACCUUGUUGCAGAUGUUUGUGUCAUUGGGGUGGAUCCCUCAUGAAUGGCUUGGUACUUGGUAAUGAGUGAGUUCCCACUCUAUGAGUUCACGUGAGAUUUUUUUUUUUCCUGAGUUUGGCACCUCCUCCCUCUCUCUCUUGCUUUCUCUCUCGCUUAUCAUGUGAUAUGCUGGCUCCCCCUUUGCUUUCAGUUGUGAUUGAAAGCUUCCUGAGGCCCUCACCAAAAGCAGAUGCUGGCACUAUGCUUCUUAUACAGCUUAGAGAACUAUGAGCCAAAUAAACCUCUUUUCUUUAUACAUUAUCCAGCCUCAGAUACUCCCUUAUAGCAAUGCAAAAUUGACUAAUGCACCACCCAGCGGAGAGGGAGAAGUGGCACCAUGUUAUUUUCUGCAUAGGAGUACUAGUCUAGGUUGCCCACAUGGCCUCCUCUGGUACCACAACUGUGGAGCUUGUUAGCAUUUGGGGAAAUUAAAGUCUCAGUUUCAUAUUUUGGCCUGCUCUGAUACCCCCAGAAGUAUUGGGGUUCCUCAUAACAGCUUUGUAAGAGUGUAAAUCUAGGUUCCCCACUCAACUUUUGCUGGUGUGGAGCCACAGUUUUUUUCUGUGGUAAUUACCUGGAGUAAAUGAUUAUCUAGGAGUUCUUUUUUGUCUUCCUAGGCUGCCUAUUUCCUGGUCCUUUGUCUCGAGAGCAUGCUUUUUUUUUUUUUUUUUUUUUUUUUUUUAAAGCUAUUUGCAUCAGUACCCAGUGAUGUUUCUGGGUUGUUGGCUUCUUCUGCUACAAGUCGGGAAUAGAUAUGGCAAAAACCCAGAGAGUUCACCACUGUGUGUCAUUCUUCAAAAUUUCUAAUACCUUAAAGUACUUUGCACUUUCAAAUGUUGACAAUGUUCUCUAAAUCUGCUAAUCUUUAGAAUGUUUCCAAGUUCAAAAUUUGCUUCAUUUUUGGACUAAGAGAAUUCAUAUAUCUUAUAUUGCUGUAUCUUUUGGAAUAAAGUAAUUACUACAUUGAACUACUGUUAAAAUAUAUAAACUGCUUUUUAAAAAAUAAAAUAGCUCCAUGUUUUAUCUAUAUUUUAAUUAUCAAAUAAACAAAGAUUUAGGCUUUCUGAUUAUGAAGACAUGCUGGAUUAAAUAAUCCUUAUUCAUAUUAAUAUUCUUAAAUAUUCUACUUAAAAUAGAAACAUUAUGGUUAUUCCUUUAAAAAUAACUAGUGAUAGCUUAUUCUGUUCACAUUUCUUAGUCAAACUAAGAUGUAGCUAUGGGAUUCUGAUUAUAAAUUGGACUGAAGUUGAAAUAGAGGCUUAUUAAUAGGUAGGUUAUUCUCAAAUUAUUUUUUAAGUAUAUCUUUGCAUUAGAUUUACAUUUUUCUUUUGACUAUGGACUAUAUUAAGAUUCUCAGUAUGUGUCUCUGAUACUGCAAUUCAAUAUCCAUAUUAUUUUUGUUGUAAUAUGACAAUGCUCUUGACAAGAAAAAAGCAUGGGUGAAAAUUUAACAUAGGAAUAAAAGAUCUAGUGUACACUGAAUAAAUUAGGAGUACUGACUUUUGGAAGUCAAAGUUGUAAGUUCAAUACUUAGGUCAUUAUAUAACAAGCAACAAAGGAAAAUGUCACAAAUGUCUUUAUUCUAACAUUUAAAGUAUCAGACAAUGAUGAAGUUGUUUAUACCACAUUAAGGAAUUUUACAUGUAUUCAGAAAAUUUCCAAAAAUGUCACCUGUAAGUACCUGAUGACUAUAUAUACAUAUACGUAUGUGUGUGUAUCAUAUCAUUUAAAAAAUAAAUACCCAGGCCAUCCUAGAAUAAGGUAAAUCUUAGUAGUCAAAGUACCUUAUUUUAAAACUUUGACAUUCAGUUGCAAAUAUUUAUAAUAAAAAUAUAUGAGCCGAUAAAUCGUUUUAAAUAAAAUGAUGUAAGGAGAGGUUAUUUAAGUACAUCCUAAAGUUUCUAUUUCAAUUGUAAUAUGUUUGUAAUCAUUACUAAAGGAAAAUACCGAUUACAUACUCUCCAAUAAGAUUUUAAAAGUCUUGGGUCUUUAAAGGACAUAGAAGUGAAGAUGAUGGCAUUGAAUACAUUGCAGACGGGUAUAGGUACUGCAUUUUGAAAAUCAAUGAAUGGACCUAAAAUUUACAUUGGCCACAUGAUGGCGCUGUAUACCACAGAGUAUUGUCAAUAGAAAGGACAUAGUGAUCACUAAAAGUAAAGAAGGAAGCUCCAUUUUGUCACUGCCUGAGAGAAAACUGAAACGGUGACGAGAUAGAUGACUGGGAAUAGUACAUAAAAUAGUAUGAUUUUGAAGUAAGGAGAGAGCAGUAAGACAGGUGUAGUGCUUUUGCAAUGGUGUUUUCUAGGAGAGGAGGCCUGGGAACCCGGGAUCUGCUUCUUUCAUUUCUGCUCCUCGCAGCCUGGGAGGUGGGGAGCGGCCGGCUCCUCUACUCGAUCCCGGAGGAAGCCAGACACGGCACUUUCGUUGGCCGCAUUGCUCAGGAUCUGGGGCUGGAGCUGGUGCCGCGCCUAUUCCGGGUGGCGUCCAAGGUCCGCGGGGACCUUCUGGGGGUAAAUCUGCAGAAUGGCAUUUUGUUUGUGAAUUCUCAGAUCGACCAGGAGGAGCUGUGCGGGCGGAGCGCCGGGUGCAGCAUCUACCUAGAGGUGAUCGUGGACAGGCCGCUGCAGGUUUUCCAUGUGGAGGUGAAGGUGAAAGGUAUUAACGAUAAUCCACCCGUCUUCAGAAGUAGAGUACAAAGAAUAUUCAUUUCUGAAUCUAGAUUCCUGGAUUCGCGUUUUCUGAUAGGAGCUGCGGAUGCAGACAUUGGUGCUAACGCUCUUCUAACGUACACCCUCAGCCCCAGUGAGUAUUUCUCUUUGGAUGUACAGGCAAGUGAGGAACUGAGUAAAUCUCUUUGGCUUGAAUUGAGAAAAUCUUUGGAUAGAGAAGAAACAUCAGAAGUUCAUUUAUUAUUGACAGCCACUGACAUGGGCAAACCGGAGCUGCAAGGUACAGUUGAGCUGCUGAUCACUGUGCUCGACGUUAAUGAUAAUGCCCCACUAUUUGACCAAGCAGUAUACAGAAUCCACUUAUUAGAGACUGCAGCAAAUGGAACAACCACAUUAAUGUGGUCAUUGACCACAUUAAAUGCCUCUGACGCUGACGAAGGUGCAAAUGGUGAAGUUGUCUUUUCCUUUGAUAGUCGUAUUUCUCCUGACAUUCAAGAAAAAUUCAAAGUUGAUUCCAGCUCAGGAGAAAUUAGGUUAAUUGAUAAACUGGAUUAUGAAGAAACAAAAUCCUACGAAAUUCAAGUAAAGGCAGUUGAUAAAGGAAGUCCUCCAAUGUCAUAUCACUGCAAGGUUUUGGUGAAAGUGCUGGAUGUAAAUGAUAAUGCUCCGGAACUGGCAGUAACUUCACUCUCUUUGCCCAUCAGAGAGGACGCUCCACUUAGCACCGUCAUCACCCUCAUCAGCGUGUCUGACCGUGACUCAGGUGCCAAUGGGCAGGUCACCUGCUCCCUAGUGCCCCAUGUCCCCUUCAAGCUGGUGUCCACCUUCAGGAAUUACUACUCGUUGGUGCUGGACAGCACCCUGGACCCCGAGAGCCUCUCAGUCUAUGAGCUAGUGGUGACCGCGCGGGACGGGGGCUCACCUUCACUGUGGGCCACGGCCAGCGUGUCUGUGGAGGUGGCCAACGUGAACGACAACGUGCCAGCGUUCGCACAGCCUGAGUACACUGUGUUCGUGAAGAAGAACAACCCGCCAGGCUGUCACAUCUUCACUGUGUCAGCUCAGGACGCAGACGCGCAGGAAAAUGCGCUGGUGUCCUACUCGUUGGUGGAGCCGCGGGUGGGCGAUCGCGCGCUGUCGAGCUACGUGUCGGUGCACGCGGAGAGCGGCAAGGUGUACACGCUGCAGCCGCUGGACCACGAGGCACUGGAGCUGCUACAGUUCCAGGUGACCGCGUGCGACGCGGGCGUGCCACCUCUGGGCAGCAAUGAGGUGUUUGUGCUGGACGAGAACGAUAACGCACCGGCGCUGCUGGGGCCUCGAGUGGGUGGCACCAGCGGUGCAGUCAGUGAGCUGGUGCCGCGACUGGUGGGUGCGGGUCAUGUGGUGGCAAAGGUGCGCGCAGUGGACGCUGCCUCAGGCUACAACACGUGGCUGUCCUAUGAGCUGCAAUCGGCAGCAGGUGGCGCACGCAUCCCGUUCCGCGUGGGACUGUACACGGGCGAAAUCAGCACGACUCGUGUCCUGGACGAGGCUGACUUGCCACGCCACUGCCUUCUGGUGCUGGUGAAGGACCACGGUGAGCCGGCACUGACAGCCAAGGCCACUGUGCUUGUGUCGCUGGUGGAGAGCGGCCAGGUGCCAAAGGCCUCGUCGCGGGCGUCGGUGGGUGCCACGGGCGCAGAGGCGGCGUUGGUGGAUGUCAACGUGUACUUGAUCAUCGCCAUCUGUGCGGUGUCUAGCCUGCUGGUGCUCACGCUGCUGCUGCACACGGCGCUGCGGUGCUCAGCGCCGCCCACUGAGGGUGUGUGCGCGCCAGGCAAGCCCACUCUGGUGUGCUCCAGCACUGUGGGUAGCUGGUCGAAAUCGCAGCAGAGGCAGCAAAGGAUGUGCUCUGGGGAGGACCCACCCAAGACGGACCUCAUGGCCUUCAGCCCAGGCCUACCUCCAAGUCUUAACACAUCAGAAAGAAAUGAACAACCAGAAGCAAAUUUGGGUCUUUCUGGUAAUGUAAGUCCAACUUUCGAGCUUUGGCUUUAAAUAUUUUUCACAUUUAACUUGUCUAAUCAUCUUUUAAAAUAUCACUUUAAAAAAUGUCUUCAGGGUGUUCACUAACAUGGAAACAAAUCGUACCAGUGAAUGCAGAUAUUCUAUUAAUGGCAGUUUUGUCUUGAAUGGAACUAGAAAGCAAACAAAAAAAUGUAGGGACAAAUUGUCAUAUUUCUUGAUUUAAAGGCAGGUUAAAAAAAGCUACAACACAAAGUAAUGAUCAUAUUUAACACAGGAUAUCAAUGUAGUAAAAUAACUGUCAUAUUCAGGGUAACUUAUUAUGUUAUAUCUUCUGGUGAAAUGUUAAGCCUCAUACAAACAAUUCUGGGCAAAGUUAUAGAAAUCAUCUGCCUUUCCUUUACAUGGCUAAGUUUCAAAGUGAACAAUAAACUGAAUAGUUUUAAAACAAUGUAAUUUAAAAUACAUUUAUUCACCAGGGGUGGUGGCUCACUCCUGUAAUCCCAGCACUUUGGGAGGCCAAAGCAGCGGAUCACCUGAGGUUAGGAGUUUGAGACUAGCCUGGACAACAUGGUGGAACCCUGUCUCAACUAAAAAUACAAAAAAAUUAGCCAGGCAUGGUGACAGGCAACUGUAAUCCCAGCUACUCAGGGAGGCUGAGGCAGGAAAAUCAGUUGAACCCCAGAGGCGGAGGUUGCAGUGAACCCAGAUUGCACCACUGCACUCUAGCCUGGACAACAAAGUGAGAUUCCAUCUCAAAAACAACAAUAACAACAACAAAAAACUCAAAACGAACACACAAACAAAAAACACCAUUUUAUUGGGUGAUUUAAUUUCUUUAUAAAAAAAUACAACUUCGACUUCAUUGUCAUUGUGAGCAAUUUCUUGAUGCCAUUAAUCUUGAACUCCCCUGGGUCUAGAAGGCCUAAUAGUGCAUGUAUUUGCUAUUUCGGGGAUCCAAUUAGGAAACAAUUAUUAAGCACCUCCCAUUCACUCACAAAUGUUCUAAAACUCUUUACUUUUUAGCUAAUUCAAUCCUUCCAGUGAUUUUGUGAAGUGGAAACUUUAGUCACAUUUUGUGGAUAAAGGUGCAGGGGCUCAGAAAACCUAAGUUCAGUAUUAUUACUAAGUUUUCUUCAAGUUUCCCAAGAAUAUUCAAAACUUGCUUGCUCUAAUACAGUUCUUUACCUUUCCUAAAAUAUUUAAGCUUGCUUAUAGUGGAAGACAUUUGCAAAAGCAAAUGAUAAAAAAAUCUGCUUAAAAGCCAAAGUAAAAGAUCAAGAGAAAGGUGGGAGUCAUUUCAAAAAUCAAGCCUAGGCUACGUGCAAAUCCUAAUACUUACCUUCCUGUAAGUCAAUAUCAAAGCAUGAAAAAUAAUAAUAAAAAGAAAUUAUCUAUUCCAUUUCUUCAGGAGAGAAAAAGUAGCCUCUUUCUGCUAUAAAAUCAAGGAAGGUUUGAUUACUGAUGAUUGUGUAAAGGUUGAGCAAUCUAUUGGGCAGUAUGUUUUUAUAGUAGUUUUGCAAAACCUAUGGAAAUAUAGUUGAUGUAGAUAAUAUUGUAUUUGCUAAUCAUUCCGUCAAGGGCGUAAUGUUAAAUCUUAUUUCCUAUGUUUACUUCUGAAGUUACUUACGUAUUAAAUAAAUAUAUUUUUGUCAAACAUUCAAACAUACAUGAAUGUCCCCUUGUGAAGACAUUCUAUGAGAAAUUAAUAUAAUUUGCUAGUUAAGUUUCCAGAGAUUUGAGUUGAUACAGUAUUAUCAACUUACACAGUUAGUUGCUUAGAGUAUUGUAAAAAAUAGGCUGUAAGCAUGUUCUGUAACUUUUAAUAUAUUAUCAUACUCAGCCUUUUGGCAGGAAUCAGAACAAAAUGAUCUUAGGAUCAUGUUGCCAAGAAAAUGUCCCAGUUCCUCAAAAUAUGAGACAAACAUUGCAGGAUUAUAAAAUUG